GCUGCACAUCGCUGGCUGCGCGGGACACGUCGCCCUGGGUGUGUCCUGGGUGUGUCCACUGUGUCUGCUGGCGCAUAAGGUUGCUCACGCAUGACGUGGCUCGCCAUCCUCGCCAUCGCGCCGGCGCUCACCGUGCCCAACGCAGCGCUCCGCGGCCGGCCGGCAGUGCUCCGCGGCGGUGGCGGCGGUGCGAGCGGCGUGGGCGACGGCGGCGGCCGGGACGAGCCUGAGGCCGAGCUCUCGCCCAUCCCUCUGACGAUCCUGUCUGGCUUCCUCGGCGCGGGCAAGACGACGCUGCUCUCGCACGUGCUGAGCAACAAGGAGGGCGCACGCGUCGGAGUCAUCGUCAACGACGUCGCCGCCGUCAACAUUGACGCAAAGCUCGUGGCGCGCGGUGGCACCGCGGCCGACGGCGCUUCGGACGGCGGCGGCUCGGACGGCCAGGGCUCGGACGGCCAAGGAGCGCUGAGCCGGUGGGGCGACGACAUGCUGGAGCUGUCGAACGGCUGUGCCUGCUGCUCCGCCGGCGACGACUUGCUCGCCUCGCUGUCCGAGCUCGUCUCGCUCUCCUUCACGCGCGGGGCGCCGUACGAGCACAUCGUCGUGGAGUCGUCCGGCGUCGCCGAGCCAAAGUUGCUGCGGGCCAUGUUCCAGGAGGCGGCCGCGCUCAACUGGCCAAUCAUGCGCUGCAUCAAGCUCGAGAACAUGGUCACAGUCGUGGACGCGGCGUCCUUCAUGAGAGAGUACGGGUCCUCCGACCUGCUCAGCUCGCGGCCAGACCUCGGGGCGGCCGAGGCGGACGCGGAGGUGGUGGAGGCGCGCGAGACUGGCGUGGUGCAGCUGCUGGUGGAGCAGGUCGAGACGGCCGACGUCGUCGUCAUCAACAAGGCCGACACCGCCGACGCCGCGGAGCUCGAGCAGCUGCAGCAGGUCGUCGGCUCGCUCAACGGGUUCGCCGCGGUGCACCGCGCAGAGUACGGCGCGGUGCCCCUCGCCUCCAUCCUCGUCCCCUCCCGCGCGGCCGGCGUGGCGACCUCCAACGACGUCAUGGACCACAAGUCGUCCAUCGACUGGGCAAAGUGGCUCGCGUCGCAGCCCCCGCCCGCCGCCGCGCCCGCCGCGCCCGCCGAGGAUGGGCACGAGCACAGCCACGCCGAGGCGCACGAGCACAGCCACGCCGAGGCGCACGAGCACAGCCACGCCGAGGCGCACGAGCACGCCGAGUCGCACGAGCACAGCCACGCCGCCGACUGCGCCGACCCGGGCUGCACCGACCCGUCGCACGACCAUAGCCACGGCCACGGCCACAGCCACGGCGGGUCCCGCGAGGAGACGACGGCCGCACAGCGUUUCGGCAUCCGCACCUUUGUCUACGCGCGCCGUUCGCCGUUCGACCCAGCCAAGCUCGCGCGCCUCGUCUCCGACCUUCCUUUCCUCGCCACGGUCGCCGCUCCGCUGCGACAGGGCGCCCAAGACGCCGCCGUGGCGCCGGCGAGUGGCGGGGAGGGAGGCGACGGCGACGGCGGCAACAUGGCGCUCUUCGACCCGCUGCUCCGCUCCAAAGGCUUCGUGUGGCUUGCGGGCGAGGACGGUGUCGCGUACUUCUGGUCGCAGGCCGGGAAGCGGCUGGACCUCAAGGAGAUGGGCCGCUGGUGGGACUCGGUCCCGCGCGAGCAGUGGCCGCAGGCGCAUCUUGCGUCCAUCCUCGAGGAUUUUGAGGGCAAGGGCGGCGACCGGCGGCAGGAGAUCGUCUUCAUCGGCGCAAACCUCGACGAGGGUGCGAUCUGCGAGGCGCUGGAUGGCUGCCUCGCCGGCUAGCGCCGGGACGGCGACGCCGCGGGGCUAGCUGCGGGCCGAGUCGCGGGGGUUGCGAGCGCGGGGGCGCCUGAGCGUUGGUUUUUUUUGCCACACACCACAACUCCCUAGAUCCAGAAUCCACGGCUGCAUUGCUUUGUCCUUUAUGGUGGACGCAGAUGACCGGGCGAGAUGACAGUCACGCACAGUCCACAGAGAGGAGUUCAGGAGAGCUAGGGCCGGGGAGCUAAGAAGCGCCCGGGUUGUUGUGCGAGUAUCAAAAAAGCGUCGAAAUGU